GCGCGCCUGGCUGACGCCGGCGCUGCGCAUGCACAACCGUCGGCUCCCGCAGCGCCGACAUGGAACACGGAGCAGAAGCACUUCAAGGCGAAGGUGGACGGUCUCGUGGAUGUCACUCUUCGCCUGCAGUGCGCUGUCUCCGAGACUGCUGCCGACGACCUACGCGAGCGCCUCUGGCACGAAAACAAGAUCUGCGUCUGCACUGGCCCGCCAGGAAGCGGCAAGAGCACGGUCGCCCAUGCUUGCGUGGCGCGAACUCUGGAGCUCGAGGGGCGCGUGCUCUUUGCCCUCCCCAAGGCCCAACUGGCAAGCAGGAUGCGGGAACGCUACGGCGACAGCGUGGAUAUCGAUACCUGCCACGCAGCCUUUGCCUUCCACGAAGCCGUUAACAACCUACCGACGCUUGCGCACUACGCCCUCGUGGUUGUGGACGAGAUCUCCCAGUUGGAUGCUUGGCAAUACGAGCGAAUCGUGCAGCUCUGGAAUGACCCGGCCUUCUGGAAGCUUCUCUCACAGCUUCGAACCGCCCGCCCGGACAAGAAGACUUUGAAGAUCCUGGCUUCCAAGAAGCCCUGGUCGAACAAUGGUGCUCCGACGCCAAAAGCUGUUUGCAAGCUCCUGAAAUCCCGACCUGACACUACCAUCCUGACGGUGUCCAGGCGCGGUGCCGAAGAAGUCAAUGCCGCUGCCCUGCAAGGCCUCUUCCCACGUUAUCCGCCAAAGGCCUGCAUCGAUGCCGACGUCGAGAGCAACCCCGACAACUACGUGGGCGGCAAGCGCAAAGCCUUGGAGGCCCUCGUCCCUACUAAGCUCGAAGUGCACAUCGGCAUGCAAAUUUACUUUACCCGCAACGUGCGCAAGGAUAUAGACUUCGUGAACGGCAUGCGAGGCCGCGUGCUCGGCUGGGACGGUGCGGCCAAGGCCCUGCGGGUAGAAACUGCGACGGGGCACCGCUGCGCUGUUUGGCCGUGGACGGAUACCGAGCUGGGGAACAUGGUCUACUACCCGGUCCGCGCCGGGUAUGCUUCCACCGUUGGCCGCUUUCAAGGUGCGGAGUUGCCACACGUGACCCUCUACUUGGACGCCCCGGGCGUCCCGGCCGCUGCCUACACCGGUCUCUCCAGAGUCUCGACCGGCAAUGAUUUCCUCUUGGCCUGUAAAGGACCUCUCACCGAAGAUCACUGUGUACCAGCACGCGCGUGA